UUAUUAUACAGAAGGUUGCUGGCUCUUGGGGAAGUACCAAAACGUAAUGGAAAUAAGUUCCCACGUGCUGCGAAUAUGAUGAGGAUGAAAUACAAUUGCGAACUGGAGGCCGGCGCCCUUGAUCAGGCGCGACUGUGUAGCAACACCGGUUCUGGCUUUGGAGGUUCAAAUUUUGGUGAGAAUAUAGCACAAAUAAACAGAAGUGCGUUUCCCACAAAAUUAGAGGCCAUCAGAAAGGCUAUCUCAAACUGGUGGAAACAAAGCAGAGGGCCUGUUAAUAUUGGUCCAAAUGUCUACUAUAGAUCAAAACAUAUAAGUGCAGCAGCUCAAUUUGCCCAAAUGGCAUGGCAUGAUGUUGAUCAAGUUGGCUGUGGGAUUGCAGAAUGUAAUGGUUUUCAUUCCGUUGUUUGUCAUUAUUCACCGCAAGGGGUAACCGUUGAACAACAAAUAUAUCGACCUGGCGCACCAUGCAGUGCAUGUCCAGGUGGAACCACCUGCACGGAAGGAGCCCUUUGUAACUGA